UUGUCAAUUGAGUUUGUGGAAGCGUUUAGAACAUUAUAAGUAUAUAAAGAGAAGUCUUUAUUAUAUAUUUAAUUAUUGCCACCGAUAAUUGGCAAUAUGCGCAUAUAUAUUUUUUUGAUAUUUGUUUGUGCCAGCGCGUUAGCUCGGUCGAAAUAUAAAAGAGAAACCAGCCAGGGCAUCUCGUUCUCAGAUAAGGCCGGAAUUUCUGCAGGUUUAAAUGGUGCAGAGGGACACUUUAAGAAAAGUAUUGGUUUGAAACCCUUCUUAUUAAAUCCAUUUGAUACGACAUCUGAAAACAAGGGAAUAGAUUUAAAUAUUGGUGGAAACGUAGGAUUGAAACCUAAGCUUAAUUUUGGUGAAAAAGGUGUCGGAAUAUCACUUGGCGGCUCUGGCGAUUUAGGCGUUGGAAUAUCAGGUAGCAAGGAGAAGAAACAUUCUGAAAAAAAACAUUCUAAAAAGCAUAAACAAUCCAAAGAAAAUUCUUCAUCGGAAAAAUCGUCGGAGGAAUCUGUUAUCGGAGAAAUCUGGAAAGAAAUUAAUAAUGGGAUAAGCGCAGGUGUAAAAGGAGACGCAGGUUUCUCGAUUGGUACUGGAGGAAUAUCUGCUAGUAUUGGUGGUGACGUAUCAGCUGGUGCUAAUUCAAAAAACGACGGGAGCAGUUCUUCGAAUGAAGAAGAAGUAAUUAUAAUACCGAUUGUUGAUGGGGAAAAUUCAGGAUCUUAUGAAAUAUCGGACGAAACAAAGAUCAAUAAAACUAAUGUAAAAGGAGUCAUAAUAAUAGGAGAUAAAGAAACAUCACUAGGAGAUAAAGAAAAAUCUGAUAAUUCAUCAGGUAAUAAGAACAAGAAACACGUUGACAAAAAUGGAUCUGAAAAACAUCAAAAUGAACAUAGUGGGAAAAAAGAAGAAUACAGCAAGCACUCGGGAAAAGACAUUAUAACAUCGCACGAUAAAAGUGAAUCUAACAAAGAACAUGUUAAUAAAAAUAGAAAUAAUAAUAAUCAUACAAGAGAAGAAGGUGGUAUUGUGAUAUCACAUGAAGAACACAAUAGUCAGAAUAAAUCAAAAGGACAUCAAGGAUUGUCAAAAGAAAAUGAAACUAAAAAUAGUGGAAUAACGGAAGGUAGCAAAAACACUCACACGGGAGGAAGUAUCACAAAAUCGCAUAAUAGUGGCGGAAAAACCAGUAGUGAGCACAAAGAACGUAAUAACGUAAAACUAGAACAGGAGAAAAUCUUAGGCACGAAAAUGAUCAGGGAACACACGUAAAUCUAACUAUCGAUGGAAGUCACGGUACAAAUCAUAAUAAAAGCAAAAAUUCCACGGUAAAAAUUGGCGUAAUAGAUGGCAAAGACUCAAGUCAUGGAAAAAAUAAUGAGGAUUCAAACAAUUGCAAUGAAAUUCUUAACAAUGAACAAUGCGGUAGCCAUAUUAAACAAACGCUACAGGUUGUCCAAACAUUUAUACGCGGUUGCCAUGCCAUUGUUCACUUCUUGUUGGAGCUAAACGAGACUGAACUGCGCAGAGUGUUAUGUGAGAUUUUACCACAUGAUAGUAAACUUUCCUGUCAAUUGGGUUGCAAUAUUCUUCGUGUUAUAAGACAUGAUUGAAACUUAUCUGAAACGAUAUUAUUAACGUUACAUUGCAUUAUUUGCAGUGUCUGCAUAUAAGAUGUAUAAUAUAAAUAAAAUAUAUGGUACUUAUAUUUUCUCAAUAAUCUUGGAAUUU